GGAAGAGUAAAGAUUAAUAUAAAAAAAUGUCUAGAGUGAAAUUUGUAAUAUUCGUUGUGAUAUCUUUAAGUUUUAGAUGGAAUCUAAAUGCGUAUGCAGCAGACAUAGAUUGGGUCAGUUUUAUGGAUGCUGGACUGGUGACCUACGCAAAAGCAUUUAAAGAUAUGGAGAAUAUGUCAAAAGAUAUCAAAACGGUGGCUGUGAAAGGCUAUAAAAUUAUGAAAAAUGCAAUUGAAACAAAGCCUGGUGAUACGAGCAUUACGUUUAAGAAUAGGGUUUUGCCUAAUAAAGACUACGAAACGAUUUUUAUGAGAACAAGAUCCAGCAGAAAUAAUUUACUGAAUCGUUUAUUGAAAAACUCCAAUGAUAAGAUCAAUUCAAAUUAAUGAAAAUCAAGCCAAUCAUAUUAUUGUACUGCUUGGGGCAGACGUUCUUGCAAAGCAGAAAAUUUGCAUAAUUAGAUCUAAUUUCUAAAAUUAUAGCAGAUAUUUAUAUAAAUCAUAUAAAUAUAUUGAGCCAUCUAAUGUAAAAAUCUAUACAUACAUAUACAUAUAAUAAAAAAAUACAUAUAGAAAGAUAUGAAA